UCGAGUUUCAUAUCCAGAUGAGACUAUUUAACAUGUAAUUUAACUUUCAGAAGCUAAGUUAAAUAGGCUUCUCAAUUCUUCAUAAUCUCAUUAUGAAUCUGCAUACGACAUGGAGAAGGUAGUGGGUGUCGAAGAACAAAUUGCCAAAGCUAUGGAAGAACUUGCUGUUAGAUCAACUGAUUCAAGAGAUACUAAAGUUUGGGAUUAUCUGGAGGAAUUGCCAGCUGGUCUAAGUCGGGAACGUCUACCUAAACAUGUGGCAGUGAUAAUAGACGGCAACCGAAGGUGGGCAAAAAAUCAAGGAUUGGAACCUGUGUUCGGCUACAGCAAGUCUUCACAUGGUUUUGCAAAGCUGGCUGAACUAUGUUGCAGAUGGGGCAUUAAGGUCUUGACGGCAUUUGCAUUCUCUACCGCGAAUUGCUGGUUUCGACCUCAAAUCGAGGUUGACUUUUUAAUGUACGCAUUCGAAACAGUCCUUUUGAGAGACAUGGAUGUUUGCAUGAGAAACGAUGUUCGAGUAUCUAUCAUUGGCGAUACCACAAAGCUGCCAACUGGACUACAAGCAGCGAUAACUAAGAUAACAGAAGCCUCGAAGAAGAACACGAGGCUUCAUGCGAUUCUGUCCAUUAACUAUGGUGGAAGGGAAGACAUUUUACAAGCCUACCAAGCUAUUUCUCGCAAAGUAAAAGACAAUCUCAUCAACCCAGAAGACAUCGAUGGGAAUAUAAUGAAUCAAGAACUUCGAACAAAGAUUACAGAAUUCCCCUACCCUGAUCUACUCAUCAUAACUAGUGGUGAACACAGGAUCAGUGACUUCCUAAUGUGGCAAUUAGCUUAUUCUGAACUUCACUUUGAGAAUUGUAUGUGGCCUGAUUUCGGCGAGAAAGAAUUUGUGAAUGCAUUACGCUCGUUGCAACAAAGACGCAGACGAUAUGGAGGACAAGACGAAGUCGACAAUUUGGCAGUGAAAGUUCAUAAUCAAUCUACUUAAUUGAUCGUUAUAGAUGAAAUUUGUUGUCAACGAAAAAAGUUGCUCUCUCCUCCCUCAGCGUUUGCUCAGAUUUGCUCUUCACAUUGGUGCAGAAGUUCUCUAUUUGUUUAUGUUCCAGCUUUCAUUUUAUAUGUUUUAGGCUUAAUUAGUGAUUUACCGGUGUUUAAUGCUCGAGCCUUGAUCUUUUGGUUUGUUAUUGUAUGUGUUUUGUUUCAAGUUUUUCUCAAUGCAUGGUGAUUAUCUUCGUUA